CAGCUGGUCGACUCAGAAGUCUAAGUGUAACUGGGCCCAGAAAGAAACUUAUACAUAGAGCUUACACAUCAUUGGAACAGAAAAUCAAAAUUAAAUUUAGUGAAAAGGAACAAAUCAUUAAACUUCUUGAAGAAUAUGAAAACAGAUUGAAAACCCAUAAUAUUACAGAUCCACUGUUGAUAUCUAGUGACCAAUUAGUAGAUGAUUGUUCUCUAUGGCCAGUUAUGGAUGUUGGGAAAAUAUUUCAAUUUUUGUAUAAAAAUGAUGACCAAGAUCUUCAAUUUGUUAAAAAAUAUAAAACACAUAAAGCUUUUUCGUACUUUUUUUGCACGCACGCACAUGUACUUUUAAAACGACCUUCUUCUAAUGGCUAGGUGUUAUUUACGUUUAUUGUCACAGAAGAGAAAAGUUUUUAAAAAUGACAAGAUUAAGCCUAAUUGAAGAGCAGACGGACCAAAUCCUAUGCCCACACACACACGCACACGCACACAUGCAUGGUGCACGCACACACAGUUACUUUUAAAACGAUCUUAUUUUUAAUGGCUAGGUGUUAUUUCCGUUUUUGAUCUGUUCAGUCAAUGUCAAGACUCAAAAGUAUUGAUUUUUUUUGUACAAUUCAGCAGUGGAAAGCACUAUUGAUUGAUGGUCUUUAUAAAAAUCAUUCAUCUUUAAUUAUUGUAAGCGAGAAGCGUUGCGACAGUGAAAACGUAUAUAAAAUUAAUUGAAUUACAAAACAGCUAAUUUACAAUAUAUAUAUGACCGACAUUAGAUUUACUACACGAUAGACCAUAACAUGAGGCUAAGAUAUAUCUAUUUUACGCAUGGUCAUGAUAGAGGACCACAUUUAAGUUACAUGUGUAUAUUUCAUUUUUGCUUAUGCAACGGUUUAAUUGAAAUAUUCAGUAUGUCUGGUGGAUAUAAGACACCUGAAAUCUCAGGAGAGACAACCGUCCAGUCAGUGUGACUGUGCACGGAAAUGUGCACUGCACGAGUGACGUCGGGCCAGAAUUUUGCCAUUCCGUACAGGAUUUCUAAAAGAAGGAGGAUAUUAUUUUAUAUUGUAUGUUUGAUUAUUUCGUUCUUCCUGCAAGUGGUAGGUUUUGUGAUACCUGGCUGGGGACAUUUGAAGGGUGAUGUAGUGACGUUUCAUGUGGGACUCUGGUACAGAGUAACGUGUAAGAAAGGCGACGUGUGCCAAACAGCACCCAUGGUCAGCAGCAAAGAUAACGAUAUGACGGAAUAUCAGAUAGAAACAAGCAUGUCGUUGGCGGCUUGCAUUAUGGCAAUUGUUUCUCUGUUUAUCUACAUGCGAUAUAUGAAGAACAGUAUGAUAACUGUCGUAAUUAUAGGGAUGUUGGCAAGUAUGUUAUCUGGAGUUCUGGCUCUGUUGGCGUCUGGUAAAAUGGGGAAUAAAUAUCAACAGCUGCAUAACGAACAGAUGGAUGCCUACGGUAAAAGUGUUUACAAGUCACCAUAUUCUCUGUUUCUUACCGGCACAGGUGGGCUUGUUGCAUGUCUUGUUUUCUUGGUUUUGUUGGUUGAAAUACAUAUAUGUUUAAAGGGCAGCUUGCCACAGAAUUCUACCACUGAUAAAUCUGUGAGGUCCGAACAAACAAUGGUUGCUGUUGUAGCCACGGAGACAUACCCUACAGAGCCACCGAACGGGCGCCAAAGCCAUAAUAUGACCACAUAUAUAUCAACGUCUGCACCCACUGAUGAAUCUGGAACCCUUCCUCCAGCCUACGAAACAGCAUUCAAUGCUAGAGGCAUGUACGCCAGACCUAAGAUAAAAGCCAAAUCCUGCCAAAAUACAUCUGCGAAUCCAAGUGAUGGAGUUGAUAUAGCUAAUAAUACUGAGAAAUCAGAAGUCGAACAUGCAGAACCUGUGUACGGAAAUGUUGUCUUAGCUAGUGGACAACAUAUUGUCAUAAAUGAUAUCUAUAACAUGUAGUCAAAAUAAAGUCUGAAAAUCAAG